AUGAGAAUGCGGUCUCGUGCGCAAUCCAACAAAAACGUUCCUCAGGGACAAUCGCAAACUGUUGCAAAUGGCGAGAUCGAGCAAUCAAAUCAUGUCAACGAAGAUGAAGGAACGAAUGAUACGAACAACGACAUUUCAGAUCAGUUCAACUAUCUCCCUAUGGGCAUGUUGGAUAUGCAAGCCGAUUUAAAUAUUGAAUUGGACUCAUCCUUACAGCCGGAUACUCAUCCUGCACUGACCUCUCGCUAUGGUCCUGCAGAGCCCGAGUCACGCGGACAUGAUAUCCACACGAAUCAACGACGGUAUUCUCAAAGUCAAGCCCAUUUGAGGAGUGUCGAACAAGCUGUGCAGACACGCUGGUGUGAUAUUCCCAGUCAAGGUACUUCGGACGACUUGUGUGACUUCUCAUUACCGCUCACCAUGCAUUCAUCGUUCCCCUCGACCUAUCCCAGGCAUCACGUCUCUCCGGCGAGAAACAUCACCGAUCAGAAUACACGGGAAGGCCAAGAUGGUAUUAUGGUAGACUUUGAUCAAUCACGAGCAAACUUAAAGAGUUCCGAUAGUAACGAUCCAAGUACCGACUCUGGCUAUGGUAACGAACUUUCUCCUUCCGAUCUACUGCGCUCACCCUAUGGGGACGGAGACGACCCCAGCUUUGAGAUGCAAGCCCAUAAACAAGAUCAAGAGGAGCUAUCCAAUGCAACUUCCGGCACGCACCCCUCGAAUAUGACUUCCUGGAUUCGAAAGCUGUCAGACACCAAUAUGCUGCUUCAUAAUCAUAUGCACUCAAUACCCUCGGUUGAAGCGAGACACAGAGCGCGAAGUGGUUCGGAAAACUCCCUAAGCUCCUCAGAGGUCGAAACACGACUUCCAGUUGAUUCCACAUUUAAAUUGUCAGCGCAAUACACAGGCCUCUUGACUAGUAUCUGCACCCGGCUCGAGGCAGCCAGAUCAUGCAAUGACCCCCAGACAGUAGCACAGCUCACACUGGACCAAUCCUCACAAUUGCUCGUUCUUUCGGGCUAUAUGUGUCUCCUUGAAACCUAUGAUAAGAUUUUGCAACACAUCAAGGCGUGGUUAGAUGUGCGGCUAAAGCUGGGGGUCAAAGGCACUGCUACUGUGGGUGAUGACGAGAGCAACUUCUCCUUUCCACUCCAGUUGCCGAGUCUAGCUGUGGGCUCCUUUAAAAUACCGAAGACUUCGGCGAUCCAAUCCAUUGUCCUAACGUGCGUUCUUGAGACAAACAUUUUGCACAUGCAUUCUCUUAUCAGCGAGGUUAUGAGACCCGCUUGCAAUAGUAUCACUGGAUCGGCAUCGCAGGCUACCCUCUCCGGGAACUCGGUCGGUGAGAGGCGCAAACUGAAUGGGAGUGUGGAUGGUGGUGAUGGACUUUCUAGCGUAGCGAAAGUCACUCUGCAGGCGAUCGAAGCCAAUGAAGAUUCCACGUUACGGCUGGUGCAUCUCGUUUCCAAGCUGGCUCAUCAGCGGGUUAUGCUUUGA